AUGACAACCAGCCGAAUAUUGAGCAGGGCGGCCCAACGCAGUCUUCACAAUGGCCUUCCAGACACCAACAACACCUCUGUCUUCACAAAUUCAUCGAGCUCAGACGAGACUAAGGAGAAAGCCACCACCUCCGACGAAGGCUUCAAUGAUGAUGACCUAGCGAACGUCGUCCAGAGCAUCGAGGAUCCACAGACAGGUUUCGCUCCGGAUGUGGACGUUCCGAAGAAAGAUGCAUAUCCAAGCAGUCCCGGGACCCACCACUCAUCACGCUUUGAUCUUGCUUUCGUCGACUCCCCUCCUACUGCUGACGCAGCUCAUCACCACAACAUUCGACUCCUGAAGCCGCUCCACAGGCAAUCUCGUCUUGGAAACGCAUGGUCGCCUUCACCAGGUUCAUUCAGAACCCGGAGCCUAGGUCUGUUGCGCGAGUCGGCACAAUGGACGGGCGACUCUUCCCACUACGGUCGCGGCGAUGAUGACGAGGAAGAGGAAGAUGAGAUUGAGGAGGGAGGCUACAAGCAGAUCAAGGAUGCAGUGCUCUUCGCGAUCGAUGUCAGUAAGAGUAUGCUCACGAAGCCAUCGGAAGGCGAUGUGAAGAAACCGGACACACUCUUGUCGCCGACAGUGGCAGCUCUAAAGUGUGCAUAUGCCUUGAUGCAGCAGCGUAUCAUCAGCAAUCCUAACGAUAUGAUGGGAGUGCUCCUCUUUGGAACGGAGAAGAGCAAGUUCCAGGAAGGCGACGAAGAGAGUGGUAGAAGUGGACUGCAAUACCCACACUGCUAUCUUUUGACAGAUCUGGACAUACCAGCUGCGGCGGACGUAAAGCAUUUACGGAAUAUGGUAGAAGACGAAGAAGAGGCGGAGGAGCUUCUUGUGGCUGCUCACGAGGAAGUCAGCAUGGCCAAUGUCUUAUUUUGCGCCAACCAGAUCUUUACCACUAAAGCCGCCAACUUCUCCUCGCGAAGGUUGUUCCUGGUGACUGACAACGACUACCCGCAUGCCUCGAACAGGGAUGCACGCAACAGUGCAGCGGUGCGGGCAAAAGACUUGUAUGACCUCGGAGUGACGAUCGAGCUCUUCCCCAUCUCUCAUCCAGAUCGUGGCUACACUUUUGACCGAAGCAAAUUCUACAAUGACAUUGUCUACUCUUCGACGCCAUCGGAUCCAGAUGCACCACAGCCGUUGACCACGGAUAUCAAGCCUGCGAGCUCAGCCGCUAAGGACGGUAUCAGCUUACUGCAGGCUCUACUGUCUUCCGUUCAGUCACGCGCAGCACCACGAAGAGCUAUGUUCAGCAAUAUGUCAUUUGAGAUUGCCCCAGGAUUCAAGAUCAGUGUAAAGGGCUUCAUCCUGAUCAAGCGACAAACGCCAAAACGCACGUCAUAUGUCUAUUUACCGAAAGACAGCGAGAAGCCACAAAUCGUGACGGGUGUAGGACAGAUGAUUGCUGACGAUACUGCGCGCUCUGUCGAGAAGACCGAAGUGCGCCGGGCUUACAAGUUUGGCGGUGAGACCAUCAGCUUCAGUGACGAGGAGCUGGCGAAGAUCAAGAAUUUCGGCGAUCCUGUCAUCCGCAUCAUCGGGUUCAAGCCAAUGUCCAUGCUGCCACUCUGGGCACAGCUUCACCAAAACUACUUCAUUUACCCGUCUGAGGAGGACUAUAUUGGCAGUUCGCGUGUCUUCUCUGCUUUGCAUCAGAAACUGCUGAAAGACCAGAAAAUGGCCGUAGCAUGGUUUAUUGCACGUCGUAAUGCGAAGCCCGUUCUUGCAGCACUACUGCCAGGCAAGGAGCAUCGUAAUGAGGAAGGCGAGCAAACGAUGCCGCCCGGCAUCUGGAUCAAGCAACUACCGUUCGCAGACGACAUCCGUGAGCCACCAGAAACGGAGGUUGUGAAAGCACCGUACGAUGUCGUCGACAGAAUGAGAGUCGUUGUCCAGCAGCUGCAGCUUCCCAAAGCUGUCUACGACCCGUACAAGUACUCAAACCCUUCUUUGCAAUGGUUCUACCGCAUCUUGCAAGCACUAGCACUUGAAGAGGAUCUGCCUGAGAAAGCAGAAGACAAGACUUUGCCACGACACAAGCAAAUCCACAAACGUGCUGGCAACUACGUAAUUGAAUGGGGUCGGGUACUUGACGAGCAAUUUGGACUAUGGCAGCAGAACAAUGAUCGGAAACCGAAGUCAAUCACAAAUGGUGGUGCAACAAAGCGUGGAGCCCCAGCUGGUGGCGCGACGAAGAAGAUUAAGGCUGAGGACGGGGACGGUGGGAUCACGGAUGAGGAGAUGCGAGCCGCGUUUGCCAAGACUGCGGUCAAAAGGUUCACAGUGGCCCAGUUGAAGGAAUGGAUGAGCGGCAAGAACAUUGGCAAAGGACUAAGCAAGAAGGCUGACCUUGUGGAAGCUGUUGAAGGAUACUUCGAGACGAAGAUGGAGACUGACUAA